AAUGCCUGCCUCUUCUUCCUGUGCUCUACCGCCGCCAGCAGGCUCAGGCCGGUACUGCUACAACCAGAACCAGCCAUGAUAGGCAGUAGGAGUGGAUGAGCCUGAACCGACGGACCGAGCAGUCACUUUUGUCUGCACAAGGAACGUUCUUCUCGGAGGUGAUACCGCCUUCCUGCUGCCAAACCCUCGCUUCCGACUUGAAACCGGAGCAGGAUGUAUCGACCUGUUUGGUUGUAGUGCUUCUCCAGCUCCAGCGGAUUCUCCAUGCGUCAGCCCCCCCGGGGGAAUGGAUCCGGAAUCCGGUGUGGCGUCUGCGGGUGCGGGAGGGAGUUUCAUCUCCCUGAACGAACCUGAGCAGAGGUAUUACUCAGGUCUCCACAGCCUGUGCCAAGCUGACGCUUCGGGAACACUGUCGUCCAGCAAAGUGGCAGAGCUGUUCAAGGCUUCUCAGCUGCCCCCCGAAUCCCUGCAUAAAGUGACCGAGUUGUGUGGAGCGAAGCGUCUGGGCUACUUUGGUACACCUCAGUUCUUUGUGGCACUGAAGCUGCUGGCGGCCGCCCAGUCUGGUCUGCCCAUCCACCUGGAGAGUGUAACGGCCAAUCUACCUCUGCCCAGAUUUGUUGGGCUGAAGAAUGAACCAGAGAUGCGGUACUCAGCCGUCCCUCCAAGCAUAGACGGUCAGGGGGCUCAGUGUGUGAGCGCGCCUGGCUCCGUGUGCAGGACUCCAGCAGACAGGAGCACCUUCAGACACCUGGAGGCCAAAGUGGAGAAGAAGGAACCUUGGUCCCCGCCGCGAUCACCGAGCAGUUCACCGCCUCGCUCCCCACUGAUCUACCGCGGCUACCCGUACACCAAGAAGAGAAAUGGGGCCGACUCACAGAUCGCCUACGAAAGCAAACAUUCCUCACGGCCGAUCGUUCUGCUAGAGCAGCACUCCUCGCCCAGUAACUACGGGACCAAAGCCAACGCGGAGCAUCUUGCUAUGGCUCGGGCUUCCUCAUCAGAGAGGCUGGACCAGCAGGGUGCAGUGGACUAUUCUGACGAUGACCCCUGGAGGAUCACAGAGGAACAGCUCGAGUAUUACACUAACCAGUUCAAAACCCUGCAGCCUGACCUGGGGGCUCUCAUCCUGGGAACCAUUGCAAAGAACUUCUUCACAAAAUCCAAGCUCCCAAUACCAGAACUUUCCCACAUUUGGGAGUUGAGUGAUGUGGACAGAGAUGGAGCUCUCACGUUCCCUGAGUUCUGCACAGCCUUUCACUUGAUUGUGGCACGCAAGAACGGUUAUCCUCUCCCAGAGAGCCUUCCCCCAACCCUGCGGCCAGGGGUCAUGCAGCAGGAAGAGGACAUACCGGAUACUCCCGAAAGUGCAGAGCCUCUUAUUGUCUUUGAGGAUGCCGAACCAAGGCCUAGUCAGAUGGAUCGGAGCAUUAUAGAGAGGCUCCAGCCAAGCCUGGCCACAACAAAACAAGAUUUGAAAGAGGAAUCAUGUAAACAAGCUGUAGGUAUGAAGAGGAUGACAACAUCUCAAGAGAAACGGACUCUGCAACUUGGGGCUUUUCCUGAGAGACCAGAGGCGCCUCAGGACCUGGACCCACACAUGAGGACAAAAACCAGACCGAGGUCCCACUCCAGCACUUCUUUUGAAGAUGUGAUGAAGAAAGCAGAAGAGCCCCCCACCCCUCCACCUCGCCCCCAGAAAACCCACUCCCGAGCCUCCUCGCUGGACCUCAACAAGCUCUUCCAGCAGGGCGCUCCGGGAAUAAAAAGUGGAUGGUUUCCGCCUCCUCCAGCCCUCCCUCCUAGACCAUUGACUUCACAGGUUUCUCAUUUUAUCAACGUUUCAGAGAAAACUCCGCAGAACAAAGUGCAGCAGCCAAACUUUGCUGACUUCAGUCGCUUUAGAGAAGAGGAGGAGAGCAGUGUGAAGUCUGAGGAACAGGGUCCACGCUCCAGAUUUGGUCCAAGUACCGAAGACCUGGCAAAUGCAUCAAAACAGGACGGGAUUGGAGUUUGUCACAGUCAGGCACCGCAGAAGCCGCUCCGCAGGAAAUACCACCCAGAGAACCAGAACCUGGAGACGGUACCCCCACCUGCCAUGCCGUUCCCUACCCCCACCAAACCUGCUCACAAGCUGCUGUCCAAACAGAAGAGGGAGAUCCAGAUGGCAAUCCGUAAAAACAAGGAAACCAACGCGGUGUUGACACGCCUCAAUAGCGAGCUCCAACAGCAACUCAAGGUGGUUCACCAGGAGAGGGUCACUCUGGAGUCCCAGCUGGAGCUCCUGCGGCCCCUGGCCCCAACGUGACUGGUCCUGGAGUCUGGUUAAAGUCACGUUACCUGUGUGUGUGUGUGUGUGUGUGUGUGUGUGUGUGUGUGUGUGUGUGUAUGUGUCACAGAAAUACAAUAGCGUCACUAUAAAACAUGAAUGUUGAGCUGAUAUGAAUACAAAAUACAGUUGAAGGGUUGACGAUGGGGACAAACAGGGAUCAGACUCUUGGAUUUCUUUUGAUGAACAGCUCUAGUCCCACAUGCAAAUGUUACUCUUACUUUUAAUGACGUCUUCGAGGAUUAAACCAUUUUUUUAUCACUGUAUGAUAUGCACAUGACAUUCUAACUUAUUUUUUCUCGCUUUUGAUUUACUGUCAGGUCUCUCCCAUGUAUCUUACUUUGCUUACAAUACAGCUAACAGUUUGUGCACGUAUUGCAGUGCCUCAGAUACAUGUUUCCUGUAUGUUACAUGCUCUGUGUUAAUGACGGGAACUAAAGUGCUCUCUGUUUUUCUCAGUCUAUGUAUACAGUGCAUUUCAUGUGCAUUCCCAUGUGGUCUAAAGCAAGUAGUGGUGCUACAGAUUAGUUUCUGAAUCUGAUUACUUUUUCCACUUAAAGUUUAAACAAACAAAAAAAAGCACAUUUGCAAGGUUGUACCUUAUGUUAGAUAUGGUUUUUUUUAGCUACAGAUUUCCAGCCUUCUCACAAGAUUGGAUUGUCUGUUGUCACCCUGUAGCACUGGCACACGGGGCCAUAAGGACACUGAAGAAUGUUGACACUGGAUGUGUAUGAAAUAUGGAUAAUCUACUUGAAAAUGUGCUCCAUCUUUAAUGCAAGCGCUGUCUGACUGUUAAUUUUUCUUUAACCCCCUUAUGUUUAGUAUCACAUGAAGAGUUAUUUCUGCAUUGCAAGUUUGGAAAAAAUUGAUUUCCAAGACCAUAAAAACAAAAACUGGUGUUAUCAGUCCAGAAAUAAAAAGAGCACAAUAUUCUGUUUCGCCAGAUAGAUUUCAAAACAGCUAAUGUUAAAAUGUGUUUUUGAUUUUAUCUAUGCAAAGAUGUGGUGCUGCUUACGCUUGCUUUAGACCAUUUACCAUCAAGGAGAAUAAGGAUAUUUGGGAAAAAAAUGAUGUGGUUGAAAUACACGAUGGCAUGCUUGAUAAUGCAUGUUAUGCUAAAAAUGACGUGAGCAUUGAUUGGACUGUGAACUGACCUUAAAUCAUGCACAACUACUGAGCUCUGGGCUGAAGACAAUGAUCCAACUAAUCAAUAAAGUUGUCUAUUUUUA